AGAGAGAGAGAGAGAGAGAGAGAGAGAGAGAGAGAGAGGGCAAAUCAGGGGGAGGAAAGGCGGAUAGGACUACAACGAGGUCUUCUCCAGGUACAUAACUCUUCGAGGAGCACCAAUCAAGGCCCGAUCCAAGAAUAUGGUCUGGCUGUAAGCUGUCACUAUGCUCAACUUCAAGUCACUCACCACCGACAUGUAUACGACUUCCACUGCAGAGGCCGGCUUGUCCUUCACGCUCCCAGCGGGCCCCUAGUAUCAUGACUCUCGAACCACUACACCCGCGACAACAGCUCAUAGGUAUCUUCAUAUCUAUACACUUUCUUCGUGAAUCAACACUACAUACUUCCACCAUCGGGGCUGCACCAUCGGAUCCCCCCGGCGCCAACAUUUGUUUGCUACAUAUACAUUUGGUUACGCAACCACGAACACAACUCGCUUAAUCAUGUCAUGGCCGAAUCGCAAUAUCAGCUUAAGCUACUCACAUGGUCUACCUGUGACGGCACUUUAUGCGGUCUACCGUAUGUUGUGCUUGCAUGUGCUUUUUUCCGCUCGGCUUGGCUUGGACUCACACUGACCGCCAUAUGAUGCCAGACUUGGAGGGCAAAGUGCUUUUCUCGUUCUUUCUCUCUUUCUCUCCCUCUCUUACACACACACACACACAAGAUACCUUCACGAAUUCGGUAUCAUCAUGUUCCCGACUUCCAUGGACAUUCGGGCUUUGGUGCACAGCCAUGGCCAGAUUCGAAGAGAGCAGUGGCAUGGACAUCACUCCUCUGACAACCGCCAGUCCAUUCUGUCGAUCCGACCACGAAGUCUCGCCGAACACCUCCCAGUGCUAUACCAUGAGCAAGAACGGCGACGUUGCGAUGAAGAUAUCCUGAUUGAACGUUUCGUCGCAGAGUGUCCCGAGAUAUAUCCUCGCUGUCGCUUCAAUCCUUUGAGAGAAGAAGAUAUCCGAGAAGUGUACUAUGUGACAAUCCGAGAAUCAUCUCGAUCAUCAUCCUCCUCCCUGGCCGCCAGCAGCAACAGCAGCAGCAAUACAUUCCACAAUGACUCCCUCACCCACCUCUGGCUCCAACAGCUCCAACGUCUCAUGCUCCUCGACCAACAACAAUCAUCUUCCUCUCAAACGACAUCCCACCAUCAACAUCCCCAUCAAACCAUUUUCCUCCACCGCCGCAGCAACCACCUCUUCCGCGCCCUCGCCGAAGUCUCCUUUACGAACCAGAAUCUCCGCAUCGGCCACGUCCUCUACACCUUCUUCCUCCGCCACGCCUCUCACAUCGUCUCCACGGAAACUUCGGCCACCAUCGGACAGUGGUGCAAUGCCAUUUUACGCGCGAGAAUGUCGGAACUGCAGCGUGUCGAGUGUCUGAGAAGGGUUUGUGAAGUCCGACCGGAUUUGCCGGAGAGUUUGAGACGGUAUGGGAGGAGAGGGAGAUUAGUGGCGGAGAUGAUGGAGAGGGCGAUGAUGAUUGUGCGAUUUGAAAUGGGAAGAGGGGAAAUUGGUGGGGGAUAUCGUGGUCGUGUUGGAUUGGGCCAGCGACGAUCUGGUGGUGGGUUGGGUGUUCAUUUUCGAUCGAGAUCUACUGAUGGUGUUGGUGGGGGUGGUAUCCUCAGAGGAGGAGGAGCAGGAUUCGAAACUGCUGGACUCGGCACCAUUGGUUCUUAUAAUAACAACGACAGACGUACUACUUUUCUGUCUGCCCGCGGACUCGGCGCUGGUAGAGGGGGAGGAGUCUUCUCGGCUGCUGCUGCUGCUGCUGCUGAUGAUGAUGGUCUCGAUGAACUACGUGUCCUCCACGACCUAAACGACCUUGCACUUCACACUGCUGGUGGUAGUAGUAAUGCUACCGAAAACCUCUAUGAAAGAAACCACCUCCUUCCAGAAACUCUCCUAGAUGACCAACAACAACACCGUUUAUGGGAACUUUCAAUGGGCAGCGGCGGCGGUGGCGGGCCUCAGUAUGCCUCUUCUUCGAGAAAUUUUGGCAUCAACACAAAUGGGAUGGGAAGAAGUAUGCUCGAUGAAAUGUAUAAUCAUAAUAACAAUAAUCAUAAUAAUAACAUCUUCACGCCGAUGGGAGAUGAGUUAGAAAAUGGAGGGAUGGGAAUUCUUUUGGAAGGGUUCGCUGGUGGUGGUGGUGGUGGUGGUGGUGUAUCAUCGUUGUGUUUGGAUGAUAGUAGUUUGGAUUUGUAUGGGAUUUGAAUUGGAG